AUGAAGUUAUUCAGCAGCACAAAGAAGAUCGAAAUUAAGACGCAAGCGAUUGAGAAAAAGGAAGAGAAGGUGAAAGUGACAAAUUUAGAGACUUUUGAUGGGUUGGGCAUACACCCAUUUAUGCUGAAAACCCUCAACAAUUUCAAAAUCAUCACCCCAACGAAAAUUCAACAACUUUGUAUUCCGCCCCUCCUGGAGUACAAAAAUGUUAUUGGAGGCGCGGAGACGGGCAGUGGUAAAACAGCGGCAUUUGCAUUACCGAUUAUUCACCACUUAUCAGAAGACCCGUACACGGGAUUUGCACUUGUUUUGACACCAACACGAGAAUUAGCAAUUCAGAUAUGUGAUCAAUUCAGAGUCUUUGGCGAGUCAAUUAACAUCAAAGUUGUUCAGGUCGUUGGAGGCGUCGACGAUAAUAUGGUUUUAAAACUACUCGAACUCCGUCCACAUGUUCUUGUGUCCACGCCGGGUAAAUUAGUCUCGUUAUUGGGAAACUUCCCAUUCGGCUUUGCAGACGCAAAGUAUUUUAUUUUGGACGAAGCCGAUCGACUUCUUGAUGAAGCUUCUGGCAUGUUAAACGACAUCAUAACCAUCAAAAAUAAGAUGCCAAAGAAUGUGACCUUUGGGCUGUUCUCUGCGACAACAGACACUAUCCUCAAAAAGAUUGAGCCGCUUCAGAUCGAUCCCCCUCCCAUUAUAUUACGAGCGGGCAUACAACAGAAGCUUCCAGAGAAGUGCCAACAAUUGUACAUGUUUGUCCCGGCUUACGCCAAACACACGUAUUUGGCGUAUGUUGCAAACAACAAAAAGUGUAUUAUCUUUUGCUCGUCCGUCCCCCGCACAGAGACGAUAUUUAGAAUGCUGAAAUCACUCGAAUUUAAGGUGGCGGUGUUGCACUCAGUAUUACCGCAACAUGUCAGAGAAAGUAAUUUGGCGCAGUUUAGAAGUGGGGAAGCCGAUGUGCUUGUUGCUACUGAUUUGGCGUCGAGAGGGUUGGACAUCCCAGAUGUACCCUUAGUCAUCAAUUACGAUAUGCCAUGGACUGCAGAAGAUUACAUUCAUCGGUCCGGGCGAACAGCUCGUGCGGGGAAACAAGGGCGGUGUAUAUCUAUAGUCGAUCAGUAUGAUGUUGAUAGAGUCCAUUUAAUCGAAUCGCAACUAACCAUCACGCUGAAAAAAUACGAAGUGAAUGAAGCCGACGUUAUGAAACUACUCACAAAAACCUCAAACGCCAAAGAAAUUGCAUUCAUCUCAUUGAAAGACUCCGAGAUCAUGAAGAAAGUGAAUUUCGAGCGAAAAAUGGGUCGAAACACCAAAGGAUCACAACAGGCUGCGCAUAAGGAAGUCAAGAAGAGGUUUAACUAA